AUGCGAGUGUGGGAUAGCCCUGAAAAGCAAGCAGAAGCACGCAAGCGAAUGAAAGUGCAAAAGCCGGUGGAAGUACCGUCGUCACCGCCAGCUCCGAAACCUGAUGUAUUUAAACCAGCGCCUAUGACGGCCUUGCGACAUACGUCUGAGAAAAAUGUGCCUGAGAGACGCCCUCGAUCAGCUCGUAUUGCCGCAGCAGCGAACGUGCCACGACCCAAACCUUUACCUACUACGCCACGAACGCCGCCAGCCACGCAUCGUCGGAUGCCUGUGCCCAACUCACAACCAUCAUUGUCGGCAGUAGACCUUGCUCGUCUUACAGCCAAGAAUACCAAGCAUAAUCAAACUUACUCUGUGCAGCUGACGUUACGUACUCGUCGCAUACCUGGGCCGCGGCCACCGAGCCCUUCGCAGAAGUUUCUCAGUGGACGGGGCCAGCGAGCUCGUACGAAUUUCCGACCUGCUAUGGCAGAAACGAAUGAGUAUGGUGAGCCAUUGUGUCAUGCAAUGGGAGCCGGUGAAGAGGAGGAGUACCAAACACCUCCGCGACCUUCGAGCAAAGUACGAUGGGACAAGCGAUUGGUGCGCAGUCCCUCUUUACAAAGUCGACGACCUGCACCAGCUCGUCCUUUGCAAGGAUGUCUUGUGAAAACGCCGCGUGCGUGUGAUGCUUUUGGGAACGUGGCGGAACUGCCCAAGCCCGAUCGAAAGCGUCGUCCAGUGCUAGUGGAGCGCCGGGUCUACGACGAUGACGAAGUGGAGGAUAUGUAA